AUGGAUGCCAUGGAUCAUGGUUCAAAACAAAAAGUUGCCGAACUCAAAAUGAUACUUAGAAAGAUGUCCUUACAAGCCUGCUGUGCAUUGGUGCUGCCUGAAUUUCAACUGAGUUGGCGGGCUGUCAGCCAGUGCAUCCGUAAUGCACGUUUGCCAAUGGUACCUGAUAGCGUUGCGAGAAUUCUAUCAAGACAUGCUUCAAAGAAUAUGACUUUAGAGGAAUUAUCAGACUUAGUGGCAAACUUAAGACUCAAAUUGACAGCGACGCAGUCUCGCACAUGGCAUGUGAUAAAGUUAUCGAGUCCGAUAGAUGAGCCACUUGACAUUAUGUCGAAUGAUCUGACCUCGCGGCUGACGAUGAAUAUGAAGAACGUGAAAGUAUUUAAAACUAUGUGGCCAGAGAUACAGUCAGCAAAACUGAAUGGUUUUGUGUAUAUAAGCAUCCAAAUGGUAUCCGCAUCUAAGGAGGGUCCUAUUUUAUAUUUAGCUAUUCCCUCGGGACUCGAUGUAGCGUUGGUGAAUACUACGAGAUCAGGUUUAUUAAAGAUAUGUGUAAGAGGCUUGGGAUAUGAAACAUUUGAAGACUUAGCUCUAAGCGGUAGUGACAUAGAUUCCUUACUCCAUAUUUACAAUAAUGGCAACACACGGCGCGCUGAACACCUCUCCACGUUACCAGAGUACAAAGUGUUGCCAGUUAUAACCAGAUCUGGGAUAGAUUAUACUGGACGGAAUUACAACGAGUUAUAUGCUAAGGAAAUGCUGGGGCCGAAUCCGCCGAUUUUGACUAAGAUGAAGAUUGAGUCGGAGAAAGAGUUCUUUGCUCCAAAAAUAUUGAAUAAGAAGAUGAAAGUAAAAGUUACGCUGCACAGCGACAGCGUCGCCGAUACACUUUGCAGUUGGGCCAAGCUCAGCGUGCUUCCGCCAACAUCAGACCUGUUUCACAUAUUCCACAAAAUUAAAUCCAACAAUUUUCAUUAUAAUCCCGAUGACGAGUUAUGA